GUGGAGAGAAUUGAUGGACAAUUUUUCUCACGAAAAUAUAUCUAAAUUAUUAGAGCUGAUGAUAUGAUAAACACGUUUAGUCCAUUGCCACGAAAUUCCUGCAGCAAUAACUUCUCAUACCCAAGGUCAAAAAUGGUUGCUCUUAUUUCUCACCCGUCUGUGAAAUUAAUUUAUAGUUUUUUACACAUUGAGACAACAUGACGAAUAUUCUAAUCCAAAUAUGGAGAUGGUUGAUGCAGCCAAAAGUGUGGAGAUUUGUAGGCUUUGCUUCAGUUGUUGUUGGACUGGUUUGUUAUGCUCUCAGCUCUUCCUUCAACUAUCUCUUUGGAGAAUGGAAUUUCUUGAAGAUUUUCCUUUACGGCGUUUUCAGCUUCAUCAUUAGCUUGGUCGUUUUAUUUGUAAAUAUAUGGCGACACUCAAGAAGUCUUCGAUUCAAAGCACACACAGCAUAUUUGGUAUUGACAAUGACCUCGCUAUAUUCAUUUUUCUUCGAUAAAUUGAUGAAUGGGAAACCUGAUGGAUAUAGCCUCAUUUCAUGUGCUUCCUUUGCUAUCAUGUCACUUAGUUUGUCGCGGCAAACUCAGUGCGGAUUUGAAGUUGAUCUUCUUUACUUUUUUCUUGGAUGUCUAAUUGUACAACUCAUGAAGAUUAAACUGUUAUUAUUCAUUCUUGGAGCUGGUUUCAGCUACUUGCUUAUUAUUCUUCGUUCUUCCGUUCAUUCCAUGGAUGUAGGACGAGAUAAUGAGUCCGCUGGAAUCCAAGAUGCAAAUUCCAUAGUUAUUGAAGUCCAUUCACAUUCACCACAGCUACCAAGUAUUGAUAUUGGUAGUGGAAUGGUGGAACAACUCAGUAAUUAUGUGAAGGUGCUUCAGCAAGAAAAUUCAUAUCUCUUUGAAAUGCUUUUGGAGAAGUUGGAAGAAUAUAUUAGUUAUGAUUCUGGAUUUAAAGUAUCUGAGCCCGAUUUCAUGAUCGAGGCCUUGCCAACUGAAACAAUCGACAACCUUCACAAAACAGCCAAGUUGAUGGUUAGCUCCGGGUUUGAAAGGGAAUUUUCUGACGUGUAUAGCAAUAUUCGAAGGGAAUGUUUGGUAGAAAGCCUCUCAAGGUUUUGGUUCCAGAAACUUAGCAUUGAAGCCCUUCAGAUGUUGACAUGGAAAGAGUUGGAAGACGAGAUUAAAAGAUGGAUUAAAGUUUCCAAAGUGGCUUUGAGAAUAUUGUUCCGCUCUGAACGGCGACUUUGCGAUCAAGUUUUCUUUGGAUUGUCCACCACUGCUGAUUUAUCCUUCACAGAUAUUUGCAGGGAAUCCAUGCUCCAACUGCUGAAUUUUGCCGAAGCUAUCGCCAUCGGAAGCCGAUCACCCGAAAGGUUGUUUAGAGUUCUUGACAUGUUUGAAACAAUGCGCGACCUAAUUCCAGAAUUUGAGUCCCUGUUCCGUGAUCAAUACAAUGGGUCGAUGCAAAACGAAGCAACCACAAUUUGGAAGAGAUUGGGUGAAGCAAUCAUAGGCAUUUUCAUGGAGUUGGAGAAUCUGAUAUGCCAUGAUCCGAUGAAUUUGGAAGCGGUUCCCGGUGGUGGAAUUCACCCAAUCACCCAUUAUGUGAUGAACUAUCUCAGUGCUACAAGUCGGUCACGGAAGACAUUGGAGCAAGUGUUUGAAGAAGACUAUGGACAAUCAUUGAAGGAAUAUCCCAAAAUUGAUGAUAAAGUGCAAUCCUCUUCCCCUCUCUCGAUGCAGAUGAGUUUCAUUAUGGAGCUAUUAGAUAGAAAUUUGGAAGCCAACUCUAAAAUCUACAAGGAGCCUUCUUUGAGUUAUGUUUUCUUGAUGAAUAACUGCAGGUACAUGGUUCAAAAAACCAAAGAUAGUGAAUUGGGAACCAUUUUAGGUGAUGUUGUGAUCCAAAAAUACGUAACAAAAGUUCGGCAGCAUCAUAAGAACUAUGAAAAAAACUCAUGGAGUAAAGUGUUGGAUUGUUUGAAGUUGGACAACAAUGAUUCAAUGCACCCUAAUGAGGUAGCAAAUUCAAUGAAAAAGAAGUUAAAAUCAUUCAACAUACUCUUUGGGGAAAUAUGCAGGGUUCAACCUUCUUGGUUUAUCUGUGAUAAACACCUUAAGAGAGAAAUAAUAAUUUCCAUUGUGAAACUCUUGUUGCCAUCUUAUGCAAAAUUCAUUCAGAGGUUUCAGAGAGUUCUUCAACUUGGUAAGAAUGCUGAUAAAUAUAUUAAGUAUGAUAUGGAAGAUAUCGCAACAGGACUCGACGAUUUGUUUCAGGGGAGUGGUAAAUCCAAUUAGUUACCACAAUAGCACAAUACUAUAAUAUGGUGUAGCAAUAUUAUAAUAUGGUGUUAUGAAGGUAGCUAUGACUAAAUGUAACUACUCUUGCAACGAGUAUGCUCACAAUUAUUAUUCUUAGACCUAUAUGGAUAUUUUACGAUUUUUAAUAAAUUAAAAACUCAUUGGCAGGAUCA